CUUGCGGACAUCUCAUUUUCACCUUUCACCUACCUCCCUCACCUAGACUCCGGACCCCCGCAGCGCAGGCGCACCUCUUUGAUUCGCUUGGAUGCAUUUGUCACACUCAGCCACGGGCAGCUAAUAAGACAAUGUCGGACUACGUGUGCCCACCUUCUCCGUGGGCCGUCUCUUGGCAACUGAUUUUCGUAUUUGUGUACUGGUACGCAAUAUUCAAGGUUCCUGCAGGACGACAAGUACUUCGACUGGCUAGCAUUGUCCCUUUGGCAUGCAUUAGCUACAUGGCCCAAUCGAGCCUAGUGCAGACCUGCCAGAUUCCCCAGUGGCGGGGAAUCGGCGCCGGUCUGCUCUGGAUACAGCUCUUCAGCGCCAUCGACCUGAUCGCCGUGUCGCGCGCAGCCCCCUCUCAUUUCUCGAUGUCUGCCAAUUGGGGGCGCCUCCACGCCGGACUCCAAUCGGUGGCGUUGCUUUGGAGCUUCCGUCGGAUCGGAACCCUGUGGGCCGUAACAAAGAUCCGACCGAGCUAUCACGGAACUCGCCGCUCGUUCCUGGUGCGCCAAGUUCCCGCCCUGUGCAUAGCAUACCUCCUUCUCGAUCUCGGCGUUUCUAUGCCCCCGCCGGAUCUGUCGCUUGUGCAACCACCAAAGCAGGCACUUUGGCCACUGUCGGGCCUUUCAGCCCCUGAUCUUGUCUUUCGCCUCGUUGGGUCGAUCUCAUUUUGGAUUACUGUCGCGAUUCUGCUCUACAUCAUACACACCGCGGUUCUGAUCGUGGGAGUAGUCUUGCACUGGUGGGAGCCUGCAGACUGCGUUCCUCUCUUUGGCUAUAUCCAGGAUGCUUACAGUAUCCGCAACUUUUGGGGAUCAGUAUGGCACCAAUGCCUCCGCCAAGGCUUGAGUGGCGUCUCCACCCUGAUAUGCGACACUUUUCUACGCAUACCGCGGGGAACUCUGCUGUCCCGCUAUGCAAGACUGAACGCCGUCUUUGCAGCUUCUGGUGUGCUCCACCACGCCUCAGACCUCGCAGUGGGCAUGUCACCCCAAGAGACACGAGUGUUUUCUUUCUUCCAGGUGCAGGCCCUGGUCAUCAUGAUUGAGGACCUUGCGCAGUUUCUUGUCGGAAAAACGGUGCAGCGGAGCCCGAUUAUGAGCCGACUUGCCAAGGUCGUAGGGUUCUUUUGGGUCAUUCUGGUCAUGGCCUGGUCCACCCCGAGCUGGCUCUAUCCCACGCAACGUUUUGCUGCGGAUCCUACAGGGCUGCUGCCUUUUCGUGUCGCUCCCUAUCUUUUGGGCUCAAGGUGAAUUGUUGUACUGAUACCGGCGCCAAGCGCGAGCGCACAAGAAAUUACGAGGGAGUCGAGCGGUGAUGGCGUAACCUUGUUGUGGACUUCGUCUACUGUAGGGUCUUUAGAUGGCGGGUCUAGUGAGAGAGUCGAGAUGAACAUUGGCUCACCAUCGUGACCAAAGACCUUUGCAGCCUACCGGAUGCAAAUUUGUUCCGAGAAAUAUCCCGACAGCUCUCCAACAUGCAUUUUGACCGCCCCUCGCUUCCUGUUUUGUCAUUUAGCCGACACUUGGGGCAAAGUUAGAAUGCCACAAAUUUGCUGAAGCAUCCGGCAUGCAGCUUAUUGGGCGCCUGUCUAAAUGCGCUGGCGAUGAGGGCUUUCGCAAAAAAAGUGCAUGGAUCAAAAACUAUAGCAAAUUAUAUCGUCAACAACUGCAUUACCAAUUUCAUCCUUUCCC